GGAGUUCAGAAAUCGGGGCGAUAUCUUUCGUUUCCCCGCGUCAUGUUGUACCAGUUAAUAAAACGUUAUGCGUAAAACUAAGAUUUCUCUCUAUUAUAUUUGAAUGUCAUGGUAGUGUUUAUUUUACAUCCACGAAUGUUGCCGGAACAACGCUUGAGAAAACUCAGGGAAAGCUCAUAAUGACCUAGAGAAAUCAGCCUCCAGUUGUUUUGUUUUUGAGUUGUUGGAGCGUCGCCGGACACUCUGAUGUCUUUUAACUUCUCUGUUCAGGGAUAAGACGUGAAAGGUGUUGACUGUACAAAAUCGUUGUCCAACGUUUAGAACAACUUCAAGAUGAUUGAGGUCGUGGCCUCUAUGGCACGAGGGCCUGUAUUUUUGGCCGGGGAGGUUUUAGAGUGUCUCAUCACGUUCACAAACCCCAUGUCACAUUUGUCUACAUCAGCCAGCAGUGAGAUGUUGGCUUGGGCCAGUGCUCAGAUCCAUUGUCAGUUCCACGCCAGUGAGAGUCGUGUGGCUCUGCCCACUCAGGGCACCAAGCAGGACGUGCAAGCCGAGAGUGACACUGUGCUGAUACCAAGCAGAGGUGAACGAGGGCAGUGUGUGCUGGACACGCCACCUAAGAUCUUGUUCUGUGACCUCCGCUUGGACCCUGGAGAGAGCAAGACCUAUUCCUAUAGUGAGGUUGUUCCCACUGAUGGUCCGCCAAGUUUUCGGGGUCAGGCAGUGAAAUACGUGUACAAGCUCACAAUUGGCUGCCAGCGGGUCAACUCACCCAUCAAGUUACUGCGUGUCCCUUUCAGAGUUCUAGUGCUCCAUGGCAUGCCAGAGCCCCCAUUCCCCCAGGAUGAGGAGGUGGCUCCCUCAAACCCCUUCCUGGAGGAGGAAGAAGGCAGCAGGAGAGACACUAGACCAUUAGAAAGAGCUCUGGACAUGCUAAUGAUCACCACGUCACGCCGAUGCCCAUAUAUGUUCAACAUCACAAAUAUGCGGGGAAAGGUGGCUAAAUUCUGCAUCUUUAAAACCGUCUACAGGCUUGGAGAAGAUGUUAUCGGCAGCUUCACCUUCUCAGAGGGGAAUAUUCCAUGUUUACAGUAUUCAGUAAGUCUGCAGAGUGAAGAGGAGGUGCAGGAACAGUACCAGAGACGACCCGGUCAGGCUGUCAGUGUUACUGGUCAUGGCCGGCACCUCGAAUCCUGCUUGCACACAGCCUCCAGCCAUUUCUCUCUCCCUGUACCCCUCAACGUCACGCCAGGUUUCACCACAGAUAUAGUGACGUUAAGAUGGCGUCUUCAUUUUGAAUUUGUCACAGCAAGGGAGCCCGUGGAGGCACCUGUGGUACUGCAGAAUCAGUCAGAGGUCACCGUCUGGACAGGGGCGGAGCAUGUGGAUGUGGACACCUUCAGUUGGGACCUGCCAAUCAAAGUGCUUCCCACCAAUCCCACGCUAGCUUCAUAUGUUUCCCAGUUCACAGGGACAAACAGCAUAAACAUUUGAGAUGUGCAUUUAUCAUAAAACUAAAGCAUUUGUUUUGUGUGUGAAAUGAGUGUUGUUAGUCAUUUGUUCCAAAUUAAAAGAUAUCUUAUAAUUGGAGAUUAUUCUUGAUUAUUUUUCAGGGCGAUGAGAUCAUAAUUCUUUAUUUAGGCUACUUUUUAACAUUUCAACCUUGACUAAGAGGCUGCAUUACCUCAUAUAAUGUAAACAUUUCUAUAUUUAUGUAUCUUUCAGUCUUGCGCUCCAAACCAUAAUUAUAAAUGGUUUCUAUUUAAUAUGAAUUCCUCUUUAACAGGCUAUUUUGUGUGUAAAAAUCUCUGUUAUGUACGAACCUGUAACUGAAUAAAGACUUGUAUUAA